UUAGAAAUUAUGAUCGCUAAUAACGUUCACGUAUUUUCAUACAGAUUCCAGAUCGUAUACGAAGGGCGAGCAAAUUUUAUCGUAGUAUAAAAUACCGCCAGCGGUACAAAUGGAAUAUAGCAACGUUGCCAGACGUAGCAUUUAGAAGUAGAAAAUACAGGUACAGUGACUAAUUAUGUAGUCGUUUGAAAUUGCCAGUAUCAGUGUUAAGUAAUACAAUGUUUGUUUUUUCUCGAUAAAACAACUACGAGUAUGAUGAAAAUAAUCAGAUUUUCGCAACAGAAAGUAGCAGUUAAAAAGUAAUCAAAAAAAAAUAGAAUUCGAAUUGGAAUAAAUCAACAACUUGGCAACUUUAUUCAGAAAGUUACCUUUGGAACUAUUCGUACAGUGAUGGCAGAAUCUACGCAUCUCGCAUGCGAUAAAUGCGGUUUGGUGAUUACAUCACACGGCAAACAAUAUGGAGGCGAUAAAAAGGUUCCCGAAUCAAUCUACAUAACCAAAUGCCAGCAUCUUUACCAUAAGAGCUGCAUCAUGAAAGCGAUCAAAGACUCCGAACUCCGAGAUCCUGCCGGCGUGCAGUUGACUCGGUGUACACAUAUCGGUUGUGAACGAGACGUGAAGGAGAGCAUCUGCUACAAGGUAGAGGUAACUCGUAUUCAGAUCUCAACACCUGAACCUACGGGAGCCGCAACCGGCGAGUUGCAAGCUCUACGUAGGGAAAUCGCUCAGCUGCAUACCGACAGAGAACUACAACAAGAUUUGUCCGAAGACAUGUACAAGAAAAUGUCAGAUUUCGAAGUACAAUUAACUGAUGCUAAUAAUAUGAUCGCGAGUUUAAAAGCUCAAUUGGAAACUACUACGGCGAAAUACGAGGCACUUCGUAAAGCCAAAAUGUCAUCGCUAUUCCCGAGCUCCACAGCGAUAGCCAGUCACUUGAACCAGCAAUCUGCAACCAGCUCGAAUGCGACGACGCCAGCCUCGCUGCCGGCGGUUACGGCCACCUUACCGACGAAUACGACGCCGAUUUCGACGACCACUGCACCUACCGCGGCGACAAACGAGCUCUGCCAGGGGUUUGUACCGUCACCGUUCCCGCCACCACCUCCGGUCAACAACGGUACACCAAAGGUCACGCCGAAAGUUCCGAAGCCGUCAAAAAACGCGGAAAGAGGUAUCCCCGCCCCCACGCCGGUGAGCGCAGGGAUACCUCAAACAAACGCCGCUACCGUGAGCAACCUUACGCAAGGCCUCCACCGCCCGCCGCCCGGUUUCCCGAUCAUAACAGGCGCCGCAGCGAACGCCGCGACGAACGCUACGACGAACGCAGCGACGGACGCUACGACGAACGCUACGAUAAUCGACGGUACGACGAAUACGAGCACCAUCACGACGAACGCCGCUACGACAAUCGCCCCACGGACACUCGCUCACGUCGAGGACGCGGCCGACGGGGCGCUUAUUAGUUUCAAAAUCCCGUUCGUGCAACCGGGUACAGCGCCGACUGUACCGGAUGCAAGUUCCCACUCGCCGAUUUCACCUUACUGGGAUUUCCCGCAAAAGAAGGAAACAGACUACUGGGGAAGACCACUCGCUCAAAGUGGCGAGCAGUCGAACUCCAGCGCGCCUGAUACCGCCAACACGCAGAAUUCCGUUGAUCCGAACGCGAAUUUGAACGUACCGAAUCAAGCCGAGAGUGCUCAACCAACGGCGAACCAGUCUCCGGCAGUUGUACCAAAAAAGAAAAAGCGGGCAAAACCGGGAAAACAGUCCAAUACGAAAGCAAAUCGAGACACCUUCGAUUCACGAUACCCGGAGGUAACGCACGAAGUGUUAGCGCCAUUCUACCCAACGAAUGCCUACCCGCAACACUUUUCGGUCUGCGGUUUGAAAAUCGGCGAAGCAAAACCCGUUAUGGCUCUGUUCGCGUACAAAUAUUGGAUUGUAGGCGACAUCCAUGCUCAUGGCAUCAUGCAUGCGAUUACGGAAGGCAAACCAUACCAUGACAACAUAGAUAAGCGCAUGUAUAAGCGCGACAUGAAGAUUUCGGAAUUGAUUGAGUUAAUCGUCGAAUUAAAACAAAUCCCGAAAAAUCUCAUGAUAUCUAUUGGCACGUUCGACAUCUUCUCAUUUACGCCACCGAAUACCUUCGACUUAAAUUUCCGGAAACUCAUCGAAGUUUUAGGAGAUAAAAAAGUCGAACAGGUAAUCAUGUUGCCUCCGAACGCAAGCGGCUGA